AUGGAAUCGUCAAAUCCCUACGCUGCUGCCCAUGCAGACCCCCAGGGCGCUGGAGACGCUCGGCCAACAGCUCUCCAAAUCAUCCGAGACGAAGGUGUCGAGGGAAAACUUGUCGGCAAAGUCAUGGUCAUUACUGGGGCCACCUCGGGCAUUGGAGUUGAAACAGCUCGUGCCUUGUCGGCUACUGGAGCAACUCUGUUUCUCACGGCUCGCGAUUUGCUCAGGGCCAAGAAGAAUCUUGCGGGGGUACUUGAACCCGGUCGGGUGUCGCUGGUGGAGAUGAAUUUAGAUUCUUUCAAAAGCAUUCGCUCUGGGGCCGAGGAGAUUCUCUCUGCUUCCAAGGGUCAGGUCAACGUCCUCAUCCACAGCGCGGGAGUCAUGGGCAUCCAGGAGUAUUCACUUACCGAAGAUGGAAUCGAAGCACAAUUCUCCGCCAAUUAUCUGGGUUUCUUCCUCCUCUUCCAGCUGCUCAAGCAAGCUCUGCUUACCAGCAUCGCUCCUGACUUGCAUUCUCGUGUGGUGAUUGUGGCUUCGUCUGCUCACCGAGCUGCCAGCGUCCCUAGCGAUGAAAAUUACCAUCUGGAAAAGAGCGAAUACACUCACGAGGCUGCCUACAACACCUCAAAACUCGCAGCCGUGUAUCUGGCCAACAAGAUUGAUCGCCUGUAUGGCUCUGAAGGACUGCAUGCUACCAGCGUGCAUCCUGGGGCUAUCCACACUGGCAUUUCCCGACAUUUACCAGCAGAGUCUGUGGGGGCCAUCUUGAAAAAUCCAUAUGUCCGCAAGAUAAUGAAGUCUGCCGAGCAGGGGGCGGCAACAACUGUUUGGGCGGCGGUCAGUAAGAGCUGGGAGAGCAGAGGCGGCAAAUAUCUGGAGGACUGCCAGGAAGCUGAACGGGGCGUGGAUGAUGGGCAAGUUUUUGGCGUGGGCUGGGUUGAGCAAACUUACAAUAUCAGGGAGGAAGACCGCCUAUGGGAAGAGUCUCUACAGCUGGUUGGAUUGGAAGCGAAGCAAGCUUGA